AUGUCAAAUCCAUCUUCGCUCAAGUCCGAGCCAGAUUUCGAGAUCAAUGUUAAAGGCAACUUGAAUGUCGUGACCGAGUACUUACGCCCGGAGACCUUGAUCAAGGAGAAGAAGAUCAUUACCGUCUCUACUACUGGAGCGCACCAACGCAUCCCAGGCAUGGCAAGUUACGGAGCGAGCAAAGAGGCCCUCGUGCACAUUCUCAUGCACCUUCAAGAGGAGCACGCCGACAAGCGUGUUCGUAUCACCAGCUACCAUCCAGGCGCUAUCCUCACGCCUGGCGCGAAAGCUUAUGGGUUCGAGACAUACCCCAUUCCUUGGGAGGAUGUCAACCUCCCUGGCCAAUUUGCUCUCUGGCUUGCGUCCAAGGAGGCCGAUUUUCUGGUUGGCCGUUUCGUCUACGCUAGCUCGGACGUUGAUGAGCUCAAAGCGAGGGCCGAGGAGUUCAAGAACAGCAACCCUCUCAAGAUUGGUGUCAUUGGUGAGCCUGCUGCGCAAGCCAACGUGACGAAUACUACAACAUAG